AUGGCUGAGCAGACAAGAGAGCUAGCAUCCAGUAUCCUAUGGCCCUGGAGCCUCAAGAAUGCAGAUAGACUGUCAAGUCUUCCACCACAUAUUUGA